AUGAAAUAUCACGCCACGGAGCUGCGGCUUGCUCAGGAAAAGAUCGCUGAGUUUCAAACUUUGUGUGGGGCCCUGAAGACUGAGAAUGACCGUCUCAAGAUCUUCAACAGAGAGUUGGAAGAGAAGGCUGAAUCAUCAGAGUUGCAGAUCAACUCUAUCUCCUCCCAGUAUCGAGAUGUCUUGCAGGAAAAGGAGGUAAACAGAUCACUCUUUCUCAUUGGCUUCUCAGUACAGGGGUGUCUGGAAGCAGGACCUGGGUGUAUGUAUCACCACAUGGCCUCUCAGUACAGGGGUGUCUUGAAGCAGGACCUGGGUAAUGAGCUGAAAGAAUUGAAGAAGAAGCAUCAUGAGAUUCUGGAACACCAGGCGAAGUCAGCACUGUCUCCACUCGCAGCGCCAUCUACUGUUCCCGCUCAUUCUCAGCCAGGAAGUUUAUCCACCCAGACAGGCCUAGGAUUUUCCGAAGGUGUCAGUGGAUCUGAAUGGGACCUUGGUGACAAUAUCAGCCUCCAGCAUGAAAUCAACAGGCUGCGUCAGGAGGCCACACGACUCCAGACUGAGGCUCAACACUGGAAAUCAGUAGCAGGACAACUGGCCCCUGAUCCAGGAAUUAAAGUGAGGUGA